AUGUUGGGUUUCGGUAACCGUUCAGAUUCUGAUAUCCAAACAAGUUUGAAAAAGGCUUGUUCUUCCGAUGAGGUAGCCCCUAAGAGAAAACACGUCAGAGCAUGUAUUUUGUACACAUGGGAUCAUAAAUCUUCGCGGGAGUUUUGGCACGUCCUGAAACUUCUGCCAAUCCAGUCUGAUGAAGUUCAGCUCUUCAAGGCAUUGAUUGUGAUACAUAAGGUUUUACAAGAGGGACACCCUUCUUGCUUGAUUGGAGGUUAUAAAAAUAUUAGCUGGAUUGAAAGCAUUGGACGCUUCUCGGCUAGCUCCGGUUUGAAAGGUUAUGGCCCUUUGAUCAAAGAGUAUGUCUUUUAUGUGAUUCAAAAACUGCAUUUCCAUCAUGAUCAUAGAGGUUUCAAUGGAAUGUUCGAGUACGAAGAGUAUGUUUCUCUUCGGGCCGUCAGCGAUCCCAACGAAGGAUUUGAAUCUAUUUUGGACUUGCUUUCAUUACAGGAUUCGCUAGAUGGCGUUCAGAGAGUGAUAUUCUCUUCGGUGCAACGUAACAGGGAUUCUGAGUGUAUCAUCAGCGCUUUGGUUCCAUUGAUUGCGGAAUCUUACGGUAUCUACAAGUUUUUGAUUUCCAUGUUGAGGGCAAUGUAUAGAUCAUCUCAGUCUGAUGAUGUUAUUGCUCCUCUGAAAGACAAGUUCGAUGUUCAACAUAGGCGACUAUACGAUUUUUAUGCAGAUUGUUCGACUAUCAAGUACUUAUCAACAUUGGUCAGCAUUCCAAAGAUUCCUCCAACUCCACCAAGCCUGAUGGUCGAUUCCAAUGAGCCAAAUACUGAGAGCUCCAUUUUGGAUAACGGAUUGAAGGAGAAGGAUCAACGAGAGUCGACCCCUGUGAAUAGGAUAUCUGUUCAACCUACAGGUGUUGUCGUCGACACCUAUUCCAAACAGCAAGAACAAUUUGAAGAACAGCAAAGGCUGGCUGAGGAAAGGAAGCGUUCGGAGCUUCUACAGCAGCAAAUGAUGCAGCAUGAGCAAGCCCAGUAUUGGGAGGAGCAACAGAGACAACAAGCUCUGUCCCAGGAGUUGGCAAGGCAGCAAUUAAUUUCAGAUCAGUCUCAACGUCAGGCUCAAGGAAAACUGGCACAGCUUGAACAAGAUCUUCUUGCUCUUGGUGGCCAGCAUGAAAGAGAUCAGUUGAUUUUGGAACAGUAUGAUCAGAGAGUUAAAGCGUUGGAAAACGAAAUCGGCUUAAUCAGUCAAACUAGCGAGGAGCAGGUCACAGCCAAGUCUCAACAAUGUUCUUAUUUGCAAGAACAAGUGACAUAUUGGCGAAAUAAGUAUGAAUCUUUGGCCAAAUUAUAUUCUCAGCUUAGACAGGAGCAUUUGGGAUUAUUGAAUAAGUUCAAGACAGCUCAACAAAAGGCGGCAUCAGCACAGGAGUCUGUCGAAAAACGUGAGAAGUUGGAGAAAGAAAUGAAAGCUAAAAACAUUGAACUUGCCGAUCUUAUCAAAGAGAGAGAUAGGGCUCGUUUGAACCUGGAGAGACUGAAAGGUAAUGACUCAGAACAGCUCCUCGUUUUGGAGUCUAAAAUUAGAGACUUAGAAGAUCAGUUAAAGGCUGUGAACGAAACAAAUGCUAAGAAUCUUCAAGCUAUUUUUUCGCGACACCAGAAGGAACUAGAGGAUGUUAGACAAAAUAGGUCAAGCGAAGAUCAGAAUGGGGACCCACAAUUGGAACUUCAAAUAAUGCAACAGGCUAUGGAGGACACGAUGCAGGAGCUUGCAGAGCAACAGAAGGAAGCACAAAUUCAUGUGCUCCAGCGUAUGCGUUCUUUGUUUGACACACUUUUGAAGUUGAGUAUAGACCGAGUGCAUGGAUUUGCAUUUGAACUGGAAUCUCCUGGCUUCAUAGGAUCGAGAAACAUUACGGCAGAGUAUGUCGGAACCAUGCUUGAAAAGGCUUCCCAUCUCAGCACACAGUUUGCAACUAGUAUGACUGAUUACAUUGGAGACGAGAUGCAAGGGGAGAGUGAAACGGUGGUGAUAAGAAGCCUGAUGGAAUUCACAAAUUCUAUCGAGGACGUCUUCUCAUCGGUCAAAGGUAUGCUGAAUGAUAGAAAGGACGAUGUUCAGGAUGUCCUUGUUGAGGGAUCAAAAGAUCUGGCCAACAUGAUCGAGCUAUUCUUUGAAGCUUUGUUCUCAGAGAAUCUUGAGCCUCUUCAACCAGAGGACAAGACAGAUAAGGUUAUAAAUGGAAACAUCAACGUCCAGGAGAUCAUUCAAAGUCUCAUGGAGAUUGUUGAGGUAUUCCGGGACCCAGUGCUCGGAUCGGGUACAUCUACACAGGAAUUGGACUCCUUACUUGAUCGGGAGCUUGCAAACACUCAGAGUGCAAUUGAAGAUGCAGCAGCUUUGCUGGCAGAUAUGUCUUCGAGGAGCAAGCUAGAGAUAAAGGAUGGCAACGUCUUAGAGGUUAACGAGUCGAUCAUCUCCUGUUCUAGUGGGAUCAUAAACGCCGUCAGGAUACUUCUUCAGUCUUGUAUUGAAGCACAGGAUGACAUCGUUGCAAAAGGAAAAGGAACCAUGUCUAGAGCCUUGUUUUACAAAAAGAACAAUAGGUGGACUGAGGGCUUGAUUUCGGCAGCUAAGCAAGUUGCAUAUGCUACAGGAGUCCUUAUCAGAAUAGCAGAUGGCGUAUUAGCUGGAAGGAAUUCCAGUGAGGAACUAAUUGUGGCCUCAAAUGAGGUGGCCGCCUCCACUGCUCAGCUAGUCUCAUCUUCGCGUGUUAAGUCGGACUACAUGUCGAAGAGUCAUCAGAAGUUGGAAGCCGCUUCCAAAGAGGUUAACUCCUGCUGUAAAGCACUGGUGGCUAAAGUCAGUAGCCUGCUUCACACUAAAGAGUUUCAAAACUCAGUCGACUAUUCCAAAUUGACCUCACAUGAAAAUCGUACUGCUGAGAUGGAGCAACAGGUCGAAAUCCUCAAGCUCGAAGGAGCUCUUUCUUUGGCCAGAAAGAGGCUGGGGGAAAUUAGGAAGUUUAGCUAUAGAGAAGAUGCUGAAGACUAG